CAGCCGCUCUCGGGGCCGGCCGCGGCCUGCCCUGCGGGCCGGGGUCGGUGCGGCGCUCGGGCCCGGCCGGCUGCGCGCCGGGGGCGCCCAGCCGCCUGACAGGCCUGGCCGUGCGGGCAGCGCAGGAGCGGUCCCCGCCGUUUGCCCGGGGCGCUGGCGCCGGGGGCCGCUCGGGGCGGGGGCGGCGGCCCGGCUGCGAAGGCUGCCGUGAUUCCCGGUGCGGUAACCGUGGCCCGGCUAGUGUCCUGCCAAGAAGCUUUCCUUAUGUUUUGACUAAAAGUUUUUUUGGAAACCCUGUGUGGUAUGUUCCAGUCCCAGGGUUAGGGUCUGUUUGCAUGUGUUAGCGGCGCACAAACACAGGGUUAUAUUUUUGGGCACACUCGACGGUCAGCAUUUUGGUCAGGUGAUUGCACCAGCUGUGGUGUUGAGAGGGCUUGGUAAGGCUUUUUGGGCUGCUUGAGUGCUUUCCAUCAGGUAUGCUACCAUAACACAAAACUGGUAUUUACAGUAACUCAGGCACUGUGGGGCUGUGACCCCUUUAAUCUGUCUGGGGAACAAAACCUGAGCAGCAGUGCCAUGUUUAAACAUGGCUUGUUUAUGCUAGAGUUAUGUAGUCGAGAAGGUGUGAAGGUGCUUUAUCCCUGCAUUUAGGCUUUCAGCUCUUUCAGAGUGUUUAUUGAAGCAGAAAAAAAGCCCUAAACCCAUAGGCCUAUGGCAGUAUAGUUGUGUAAAAAGAGGUGUAACUGUCUCUACAACUCUUUUAUUAAAUAGUGGAAGAACGGUCUUGCAGGAAACAAGGUUUUGUUGGAGUACCGUUAUCUUUGGCAAUGAAGGAGUACUGGAUGUAGAAAGGAGUAUUUGUGUAUGCUUCUUUCCUGUAUGAUCUUCAGCAAAGAGGAAGGAUGUCAGUUGUAUUUUAUGACCCAAUGAAGGCGUUGUGCCUUUCGUAUGCUAUAAAUAGGAAGAGUCUCAAACUCCUCAGAUUUUGUACAUAAAAAGGUUGUCUUUUAUAAAUCUUGAAGGACUGCUGAUUGUUCAGGCAAUUCAAAUGCUACUUACGCAAAGCUGCCACUGUCCUUCCAGGCAUAGCUGACUAUUUGAGAGGGUUCUUAUAAAAACUUGGACUAGUUAAAAAAACCAAACUCACUCAUAUAGAACUCAUUUUUCUUCCUGACAGUUCUUCCCGUUCUGUAGCAGUGUUCCUCUCUGGGAGAUAGCAAUGUCUGAAGAGUAGUUUCUUGCCUCUUUGGAUUGCACAAAAAAUGGAAUGGUUUUCUGCUUUACUUUUGUGUAAACAAGUGGGAUGUCAUGUUUAGGCUGUACUUUCUGCUUUACUGCUUGAUCUUGGGCUGUCCUCUCCUGAGAAUGAGAGCUACUUCUGAGCACUUCCAGCAGAGAUGAUGGGAGACAAGUGUGUAGUCACCACAGAAAGUCUUCUUUGAGGAGUGGCUCCUUGUUGGUACCAAACAAGGGCAUCUCCUGCUUUACAGGAUCAAGAAGGACAUAGGUUGCAAUAGGUUUGAAGUGACGCUAGAGAAAUCCAACAAGAACUUCUCAAAAAAGAUUCAGCAGAUUCAUGUUGUUUCUCAGUUUAAAAUUCUGGUCAGUCUAUUAGAAAACAACAUUUAUGUGCAUGACCUGUUGACAUUUCAACAAAUCACCACGGUUUCCAAGGCAAAAGGUGCAUCUCUCUUUACUUGUGAUCUUCAGCAGUCAGAUACAGGGGAAGAGGUGCUCAGAAUGUGUGUGGCAGUGCGGAAGAAGCUACAACUGUAUUUUUGGAAGGACAGAGAGUUCCACGAGCUACAGGGGGACUUCAGUGUACCUGAUGUACCCAAGUCUAUGGCCUGGUGUGAAAACUCCAUCUGUGUAGGCUUCAAGAGGGACUAUUACCUGAUACGGGUGGAUGGAAAAGGAUCCAUCAAAGAACUGUUUCCCACAGGAAAGCAACUGGAACCAUUGGUAGCUCCUGUAGCAGAUGGAAAAGUUGCAGUUGGCCAAGAUGAUUUAACAGUUGUGCUCAAUGAAGAAGGGAUCUGUACUCAGAAGUGUGCCUUGAAUUGGACAGAUAUUCCUAUAGCCAUGGAACACCAGCCUCCCUACAUCAUAGCUGUUCUGCCAAGGUACGUGGAGAUCCGCACUUUUGAACCCCGGCUGCUGGUACAGAGUAUUGAGCUGCAAAGACCACGCUUCAUCACCUCUGGAGGCACAAAUAUUAUAUAUGUGGCAAGUAAUCACUUUGUCUGGCGGCUGAUUCCGGUAUCGAUAGCUACACAGAUCCAGCAGCUCCUGCAGGACAAGCAGUUUGAGUUGGCUUUGCAGUUGGCGGAAAUGAAAGAUGAUUCAGAUAGCGAGAAGCGACAACAAAUUCACCACAUAAAGAACCUCUUUGCCUUCAACCUCUUCUGCCAGAAGCGCUUUGAUGAAUCCAUGCAAGUUUUUGCCAAGCUUGGUACAGAUCCUACUCAUGUGAUGGGUCUGUAUCCUGACCUCCUGCCCACAGAUUACAGGAAGCAGCUACAAUAUCCCAACCCCCUGCCAGGGCUGUCUGGGGCAGAGCUGGAGAAGGCACAUUUAGCUCUGAUAGACUACCUAACUCAAAAAAGAAGUCAGCUGGUGAAGAAGCUAAAUGAUUCUGACCAUCAGUCCAGUACCUCACCCCUCAUGGAAGGAACACCCACAAUCAAAUCCAGAAAGAAGCUGCUACAAAUCAUUGAUACCACCCUGUUAAAGUGUUACCUCCACACAAACGUAGCCCUGGUGGCACCAUUGCUACGUCUGGAGAACAAUCACUGCCAUAUUGAGGAGAGUGAGCAUGUACUAAAGAAGGCACACAAAUAUAGUGAGCUGAUAAUACUGUAUGAGAAGAAAGGUCUGCAUGAGAAAGCAUUACAGGUACUGGUGGAUCAGUCAAAGAAAGCAAACUCACCAUUGAAGGGUCAUGAGAGGACAGUGCAAUAUCUGCAGCAUUUGGGCACAGAGAACUUGCACUUGGUGUUUUCCUACUCUGUCUGGGUGCUAAGAGAUUUUCCUGAAGAUGGACUGAAGAUAUUUACAGAAGACCUCCCUGAAGUAGAAGCUUUGCCUCGAGACAAAGUGCUCAACUUCUUGAUAGAAAAUUUUAAAAGCUUGACUAUUCCUUAUCUGGAACACAUCAUUCAUGUCUGGGAAGAAAUUGGUGCAGAGUUUCACAACUGUCUGAUCCAGCUGUACUGUGAGAAGGUGCAAGGCUUAAUGAAAGAAUAUCUCAGUUCUUUCCCUGCAGAUAAAACUCCAGUGCCUGCUGGAGAGGAAGGAGGAGAAUUGGGGGAUUACCGGAAAAAGCUUCUGCUUUUUCUGGAGAAGUCUAGCUGGUAUGAACCCAGUCGACUAAUUAGUGACUUCCCCUUUGAUGGUCUCCUAGAAGAACGUGCUCUGCUCUUGGGUCGUAUGGGGAAGCAUGAGCAAGCUCUGUUUAUUUAUGUUCAUAUUUUGAAGGACACCAACAUGGCUGAAAACUACUGCCAUAAACAUUAUGACAGAAACAAAGAUGGGAACAAAGAUGUCUAUCUGUCACUGCUCCGGAUGUAUCUCUCCCCACCUAGUGUUCAUUGCCUGGGACCAAUUAAGAUGGAAGUACUGGAGCCUCAAGCCAAUCUGCAGGCUGCUCUGCAGGUUUUGGAACUACAUCACAGCAAACUGGAUACUACCAAGGCAAUAAACCUGCUCCCAGCAAAUACACAGAUUAGUGAGAUUCGAAUCUUCUUAGAGAAAGUCCUUGAAGAAAAUGCUCAGAAGAAAAGAUCUAAUCAAGUACUCAAGAAUCUUCUCCAUGCAGAGUUUCUGAGGGUCCAGGAGGAGCGAAUCUUGCAUCAGCAAGUGAAGUGCGUUAUUACAGAGGAGAAAGUGUGCACUGUAUGUAAAAAGAAGAUAGGUAACAGUGCAUUUGCUCGAUACCCUAAUGCAAUCGUUGUGCAUUAUUUCUGCUCCAAAGAAGUCAACACAUUGGACACCUGACCUUGUCAUGGUCAAUAAUCCCAACAUUCAUAUGAAAUGCAGAACUGACGACUUAAGAAGUUGAUGCCUCUGAGAUUUUUGAGGCUUGUUGUUAGGUUCUCUUACACUGGGUAGAAGUCAUUUGUAUCUUUGGACUGACUGUACCUACCUGGUAAUAUUGAUUUAUUAGAAAAUUACUUUAACCAUGUUGUUACAGUGUGGGCAACUACACUGAACUUCUCAGUACUCAUGUGAAGAACAGAAACUGAUUUUUGUACUGAGUUUUGUAUUACACUCCAGCCUUGCGAAUGAAUUGUUAGACAACUGUUGGGUGUUCACAAGUCAAGUUUUACUAUAAAACUUACUUCCCUAGGAUGACAAUAUUGUGAUUUGGCCUUGUAUGUAAAUAGUUCUUAAAAAAAAAAAAAGAAAAUUAUUUUAAAAUCUUUGCAGCUGUAUCAGUAUUGCAUGAAGAUCACCAGGGGUUUGGCAUGGAGAAGGCUUCUAUGCCUAUUUCUAGACCUAGAAAAUAUAACUUUACUUUCAUCUCAGUAACGGGAAUGUUUUAAGUGCUGGCAAAAGGAAUCUUUUUAUUGGUACUCAGUGUUAUCACCUGACCUUCUGAUUAGGAGACAGUCAGACAAACAGUAGUAAGGAUUUUUUUUUUUACUUUAGUUCAAGAGCUGUAAAUUGAAUCAACUUGUAUGUUUGCACUGAAUAUGUUCACUCUUAGCAUGAGUGGAAGCUCAGAGACUGUUCUAAGAAGUUCACAUCUGCACUUAUAGCAAAAAGCAAAGAACACUUUGAGAAGCAAGUUCUGAAGGGAGUGAGCUAUAGUUAUUGCUUGAGCUUCUAGACUACACUUGAGAUUUGUGUAUGUAAGUUCUUUGGUCUCUAGUUCACUUUCCAGCAUUGAAGUAAAAUCCAGACUAUUUCAACAUCUUCAUUUUAAAUCCUGUAGAACUGCGUUCUGCUCAGGCUAGUAUUGUUCUGAAGUUACUGUUGGGCUGGAAAUCUUAACUACAAGAACUAGAUUGUACCGUACUCCUUGUAGGCUGUAAUAUUUUUGUCUAACUUAUUUUUCCACAAACUUUUAAUCUAUAGUAGAUUGGUAUGAGGGCUAUUAAAAUGUUUGAUUGGUGCAGAAAGAGUCUGUGCAGUGGUAAUGAAAAGGCAGCAGUAGCAAAUAAACCAGUAGAGUGGCUAUUUGACUCCCAGCAUCCUGGUCUAGCAAUCCUUAUAAAUAUGUAAUUAUUAAAUAGUACAGAGCAUGGCAUGUAACUAUGAGGUAUCACCUCUUAACAGACAUGUAGAUGAAUAAAGCUUGUCUGCCUAAGAUGUAAUUGGAUCUCAGUUAACAUUGUAGGUUUACUUAAGCCAUUGUUACAUGUUUUUUAGGAACAGAUCUGCUGCAGGCUGACGAGUCCUAAUUCACUUUCAUUUGCCAGUGUUAAUAAUUUUGCUUUAGCCUUAUUUUUUCUGUUUCCGCAUGUGUUUGUAUUUAUUGUUCAUAUGCCAUGCAUUUUUGUGGAUCUCUUGGUCCGGUGUUUUGCUACUUCUGUACUUGGAUGUCUUGGGCAGUAUUGCUGCUGAUGUCUUUCUGCAGAGGCUGGGUAGGGGGAGUCUGUGGUGUUAAUGUUUUUAAUCUUGUAUUUCUUCUUUUUGAAGAAGAGAGCCUGAAAAUACUUAUAUUGCAUUUGCACAUUCUGUAUAGAUCUUUAUAUACUAGUUCGGGUACAGAGGGAGGAUGGUUUGGGAGAGUUGUGUUUACAGGUCACUGAGAAUGAAGAAGGGUAUUUAAAAAGUCCCUGUAUUCUUUGUAUACAGAUAUAACAAUAUUGCUCUGAUUUUUUCAUAUCUUAUGUUUAGUACUGUUAGUCUGAUUUUUAUUCACCUUCAUUAUCUGUUGCCAGGAGAGCUUUAUUCACAUGAGGAUCUUCAUUGUGCUCUUACUAUGGUUAAGGUUGUGCCUCUCUUCACCUCCACUGCAUACCUUUUACAGAGGUGUAGUUUGUGCUGUAUCUUUUUUUUGUUGGUUCUUAUAAUGUGGUUUGGGUUUACUAGCCAUACAGCAGGUUUAUCUAAAGCAAUAGAUUGUAAUAAAUAUUGUGAACCAG